AUGUCAAAAAUUGAAUUUAAAGUAAAUAAUAUAAUAGAACUCAAUGUCGCAACUGCAGGUGCCGUCGAUGAAAUUCCUCCAUUGGCACUUAAUGUUAGCGAAUCAAAACUUCUUUUUAGUGAAGGUGAGACUUAUGAAAUGGAUUUUGAAGAUAAUGAAGUGAAAGAUAAAAGAAUUCCAAUUAAUGAGGCUGGUAGGGUGUAUGGUCCAGGAGAUAAGAUUCCUAAUAGUUUAACGAUUUUAAAAAAUGAAUUAAUUAAAAAAUCUAUCCAAGAGAUUAAGGACAAAUUAUCUGAGAAUGGAAUUACCCAUGAGCAAGAAAUGAAAAUUUUAG